CCCUCCCCUUCCCACAAACUCUCUUCUGAGGAAACGAAACUGAUCUGAGUCUCUCUGUCGUCUGUCUGUGUGAGAGUGAACAACCGUCCAAAUGGCUCAACAGGGAGUUCUGCUGGACCAGGACCAGUUCUGUUGUUCUGUCUGUCUGGAUCUACUGAAGGAGCCGGUCACUAUUCCCUGUGGACACAGUUACUGUAGGAGCUGUAUUGAGGGCUGCUGGGAUCAGGAUGUUCUGAAAGGGGUCUAUAGCUGUCCUCAGUGCAGACAUACCUUCACUACAAGACCAAUGCUGAUGAAAAAUAACAUGUUGGCUGAGCUGGUGGAGAAACUGAGGAAGACAGGACUCCAGGCUUCUCCUGCUCUGUGCUAUGCUGGAACUGGAGAUGUGGCGUGUGAUUUCUGCACUGGGAUCAGAAAGCAGAAAGCCCUCAUGUCCUGUCUGGUGUGUCUGGCCUCUUACUGUGAGACUCACCUCCAACCUCACUAUGAAUUUCCUGCUUUGAAGAAGCACAAGCUGGACAAAGCCACGGCACAACUACAGGAGAAGAUCUGCUCUCAUCAUGACAAACUGCUGGAGGUUUACUGUCGUACCGAUCAGCAGUGUAUCUGUUAUCAGUGUGUGAUGGAUGAACAUAAAGGCCAUGAUACAGUGUCAGCUGCAGCAGAGAGGACUGAGAAACAGAGGCAGCUGGGGAUGAGUCAGCAGAAGGUCCAGCAGAGAUUCCAGGAGAGAGAGAAGGAGCUGAAAGAGCUCCAACAGGCUGUGGAGUCUCUCAAGAGGUAUCAGUCUCUCUCCAGUAUCAGUGUAUCUUCAGACUUACCCAGCAUUGUUGUCCGUCCUCUUCAGUACUUUGGAGAUGUGAGUAAGACUGUGUCUGAACUGAGAGAGAAACUAGAAGACUUCCUUAAAGGAGAAUGGACCAAGAUCUCCACUACAGUGAAUAUAGUGGAUGUUGUACUGCCUCCAGAGCCCAAGACCAGAGAACAGUUGUUACAAUUAUCAUUGAUCAGCUUGUUGGCUCGGUCCUAAUUGAUGUGUUCUCUGUCACCUGGAGCUGCAUGGAAAAUGGUCCAGGAACUAAAGGACAAUUCAGGACUAGUCAGCCCACUACAAGCUGGUAUCACUUACUUUCUACUAAACUAUAUGGUCUGGUUUCCCAGACACAGAUGAAUCCUAGUCCUGGACUAAACAGUAUGUUCAAUGUAGAUGUCCAGGAAACCGGCCCUAAAUGUGUCAUCUUUCAUCCUCCCAUACUGCUCAGUCCAGCAACGUUAAACCUGUCCAGCAGGUGGUGCUGUUGACCAAACAAUAAAACCAGCAGAUAUCUUGACUUGCCACUCAGUAUAUCAGUAAUGUUCAGAAUAGUACUUUAAUAUCAUUGGAGAUUGAUGGUCUUUUUAAUCCACUAUCCAGAGUCAGGAACAGAUGAAGUUAGGUCUGCUACUGUUCAGUGAUUAAAUAUGAUUUAUGGUGAUGGGAAAUAAUAAAAAACACUCAACUUCAUCUA